CUCUAUCACUCUCUCUCUCCUCGCCUGUCGCCUCCUUCCAACAGUCUUUAAUAAGUUCUCCCAAGGGUUUCCUUUCCUCCAAUCUCCAUUCCGACUCUCAUCUUCUAUUUUCUCUCUCCUCGAACCCCCGCCUCUCUUUCUCUCUCCUCCUUCGAUCAUCAAUGGCUUCCUCCGACUCUCGCAAUCCCAUCUCUGUCACCCCUCCCAACCAGAUCUCCAAAGAUAUCCCAGGGUCAGACAAUCCUAUCCCGCUUUCACCUCAAUGGCUUCUCCCUAAGCCAGGGGAGAAUAAGACUGGGAUAUCAUUAGGGGAAAAUCGUCCAAGCCCUUUUACUGGUGAUCGCUCAGAUGCCGCGAAGCCUCCAGGCAAUGGUGAGGAAUUACAUGAUAACCAGAAGAAAAAGGAUGUAUUCAGGCCAACUUUUCAUGAUGCAGAAUCUGGGCGUCGCGACCGCUGGCGUGAUGAAGAAAGGGACACUAAUCCAUCAGCUCGCAGGGACCGCUGGAGGGAGGGAGACAAAGAUAUUGGUGACAGUCGGAAGACGGACCGGUGGGUUGAUAAUUCGUCCACUAGGCACUUUGGGGAAGCACGUCGAGCUGCAUCCGACAGGUGGGCUGAUCCAAGCAAGGAGAAUAAUCAUGAUCAGCGCCGUGAGAGUAAGUGGAACACACGCUGGGGUCCAGAUGAUAAAGAGGUUGAUAAGUGGACUGAUGUUGGGAAACAGGCUGACAUGCCUCAUGAUAAAGGGCCGUCUCUUAUAGCUAGUCAUGCGAAGGAUGAGAGGGAGGGUGAUCAUUAUCGGCCUUGGAGACCUAGCUCUUUGCAAAGUCGUGGAAAAGCAGAGACACCACACCACCAGACUCAAAUGACGAGCAAAGAAGGUCCUCUGUUUGGCCAUGCGAGAGGACGUGGGGAAAAUGCUCCAACUUUUUCUGCUGGUCGUGGAAAGGUUAUUUUUGGUGUUGGGAGUAAUAGUAAUUAUUCCUUUCAUUCUCACUCCUCUGACAGAGUUGAUAAUGGUCAUGGAGAAUCUUCCCCGUUCAGAUAUAGUAGGACAAAGUUACUCGAUGUUUAUCGACUGACUGAUUUAAGAUCUUCAAAUGAGGUGGAUGGAAUGAUGCAGGUUUCAUCUCUCACCCAGGAAGAACCUUUGGAGCCCCUGGCACUUUGUGCACCUACCCCUGAAGAAUCAGCUAUUUUGAAGGGGAUUGACAAGGGGGAAAUAGUAAGCAGUGGUGCUCCCCAGAUUUCCAAGGAUGGAUCUGCAGGACGAAGUUCAAAUGAUUUUGCUCAGUCAAGACGAGCAAAACAUGGCAACAGGGAUGAUAUAACUCUCCCUCCUGAUGAAGCCAAUGAUAAAACUGACCAUGCUAAGGGUGCUUAUCCAAAUAUUUUAGAUUGCUCUCUUCAUGAGAAGCAGAUGCAUACGUAUGGUUCCAAUGUGUCUAUGGAUAGCAAUGAGAAGCACCAGUUUUAUGGCGAGACUAAAUUUAGAGUUCCAGCUGCUAGGGAUGAUGAUACAGCUUUAAAGAAGGGUGAUGAAAUUACUGAUCAUAGAGAUUCUGGCGUUAAGGGGCGUGUUUAUGCUCAGUCUGGAACUCCAUGGCGGUCACCUUCUGUUGAAGAGCACUCAAAAACUCACUCACGUGAUUGGCUUGACACUACAAGUGAUAUUCGCUCGAGAAGUCCUGACAUUAGCUGGUCACAAACUGUAAAAGAUAAUUCUAAUGAAUGGGAAAAUGCAUUAGCCGAUCCAUCUUAUGCUCACAAUGAGCUGAAAUGGAAAAUUGGUGAAGAUUCUGCGGUUAGAAAAAAUACUGCUGUGGUGGUUGACCGAGAGCAAGAGUCAAGGAAGCUUUUGCACCCUACUCCAGAGGACCUACUCCUUUAUUAUAAAGAUCCACAAGGUCAGAUUCAGGGACCCUUUUCUGGUAGUGAUAUAAUUGGGUGGUUCGAAGCUGGGUAUUUUGGCAUAGAUCUACUUGUUCGUGUGGUAAAUGCUCCAAAUGAUUCUCCUUUCUCUUCACUUGGUGAUGUGAUGCCUCACUUACGAGCUAAAGCAAGACCACCUCCUGGGUUUAAUACAACAAAGCCUAGUGAUGUCACUGAUGUGUCUAGUAGGUCAAGCUUAAGUGGAUUUGGGAAGGUCCUCCCUGGUUCUAAUGGGAUUGAUUUACUUGGGAAUGAGCAUAGGCAUUUGCACGGGUCGUCAACUGAAGCUGAGAACAGAUUUUUGGAGUCACUAAUGUCUGGCGAUGUGACCAACUCUCUGAGAUAUGCCUCCACGGAAGGUCUGCAAGGAUUUGUAGGACAAACUUCUAGUAGUAUUCCCUCCUUGGGUGCCGAAAGUGGAGAUGCCCUCAACCUGUUGGCGCAAAGAAUGAACCUUGAACGACAAAAAUCAUCGACUCAUCCUUACCCGUAUUGGCCGACCAGAGAUGGAGCCUCCGCUGUUCCAAGUCCUGACAUUAUUAGGAACUCUACUAUGCCACAGGCAAAUCUUCUUCCCUCAGUUGGUGAUAUGCCUCGACAAUCUCUUUCCCAGAAUGUUGAGAUGAUUUCCUUACUUCAAGGAUUAUCUGAGAGGUCUUCUGGUGGAAUGAACAAUGCCCUAGGUGGUUGGCCAAAUUUCACGGUACAAGGUGGCAUCGAUCCAUAUAAAGAGAAACUUGAUCUGCAUCAUGGACAGAAUUUCUCUCAAGUGGCAUAUGGAAUGCAACAGCCCAAGCAGCAGCCACAAAAUCAUUCAUCAAUAACGAAUUUACUUGCUCAGACUCUGGAUAACCCUAUGACUGACAAGCUACUCUCAUCUGGUCUUGCACAAGAUCCUCAAGCUUUAAAUCUGUUGCAGCAGCAGUAUCUGCUGCAAUUACAAUCCCAGCAGUCUGUCCAAAGCCCACAGCUGUCAGUACUUGACAAGAUCCUUUUGCUUAAGCAGCAACAAAAACAUGAGGAGCAACAACAGUUGCUGCGACAGCAACAGCAACAGCAAUUGCUUUCUCAGGUUCUGUCAGAGCAGCAGCUUGUCCAACGAUUUGGUGAUCAAGCUUUUGGACAACUACAGGCUUCUGCAUCAUCUGUUGGAAAUGUACCUAUCGACCAUUCUGUGCCUCAACUGUCACCCUUAUUGUUUCAAAAAAACUCUCCGAUACCUGUUUCUGGCGUGCCGGAUGAUAGUAAUGUCAGCAUUGCCAAUAUUCCUCCAAAAGCUCCCCAGGAAUUGGGUCAUACAGUUCCUGGUGAAGGUUCAUCUUUGCACCUGCCUCAUCAGAUGUCAAGUCUCCUUCAGAACAGUUGGCCCUCUAUGUCAAUAAAUGCUGACAACAUCAAGAGCGACAAUGCAUCAUUUGGAUCAGAAGUGAUGGAAUGUAUAGCCACAUCUGAAGCAACGGAGAAACCUCAGAGUGUUGCUGCUUUGAUGCAUUCCACCUCAGAAUUCAGUGCACCGUCUUCUAUUGGCCAGGUGGUAGAGAGCAAUUCAAAUGUACUACCUACUUCGGCUGUGCUUUCAGAGAUGGUGGUAACUGCUGACUCAUCUGCUUGCAAUUUAUCUGUGAGGCCUCGGGAAAUUGAGAUCUUGUUUGAGAAAACAGAUGAUGCCAAGCCUACUGGUUGUCUUGAGGAAACCUCUGCAAAAGAGUGUCAUGAAGAGGUAUCAGCAGCAAAAGAAGUGAAGAAUAUUGAAGCACGUGAGGUAAAGAAAACUUCUGAGAAGAAGUCAAGAAAGGUCAAGUCUUCCAAGGCACAACCAUCUCCUGACCAGUUAAAGGGAGCUUCUAAAACAUCCACUGUGCAAAAGUCUAAGCAAACUGAAGGAGCACUUGUUGCAGACAAGAUGGAGGUGUCUGUAAGUACUGGAGGGACAUUAGAUGGGAGGCCUAUGGAGAUAGCUAAGGACAUUUCUUUUUCAUCAGAAAUUGAUCCAUCUACCUCACCCAAUUUUUCUGAUGGUGCUUUUGAAUCUAUCGAGACCAAAGGUGCACAGAAACAGAGUGAUUCAAUUACACAACAAAGUUUGCAAUCUGCCCAGAGAGCCUGGAAACCAGCUGUUUGUGUGAAGCCCAAGUCACUACUAGAAAUUCAACAGGAAGAGCAGAAUCGGGCGCAUAUGGAGAUCCCCAUCUCUUCUGUAUCUGUUAGUCCUAUGAAUUUUUCUACUCCUUGGGCUGGAGUACUUGCCCAUGUAGAACCGAAAGUGCCUAGAGAAAUUCAUCCAGGUAAUACUAUUAGUGAGCAUAACAUGGGGAGAACAGAGUUAUCGCAGAGCAAGAAGAGUGGACUACAUGAUCUUUUGGCCGCAGAAGUUUUAGCAAAGUCUAGUGACAGAAGCAUUGAAGUCACUGACAUUGCUUCUAGUCUUCCUCCAUUGUCAAUAGUGUCUAGUCAAUUGAAUUUGGUUGAUAAUGAGAAUUUCAUUGAGGCUAAAGAUACGAAGAAGAGUCGUAAGAAAGCCGCAAAAGCUAAAGUCAGUGGAGCUAAAGCUUCAGCAGCAGUUUCUUCUUCUGAUUUAACAGUUGCAUCCAGUCCUAUUGAGAAAGGGAAAAGUUCUAAGCAUUUGCAAACUGAAAAGGAACUCAUGCCUGCACCUCCAUCUGGUGCCUCUUUGGGGGAUUUUGUUCCUUGGAAGGGUGAAUCAACUAGCCCUUCUCCAGCUCCUGCAUGGUCUACGGAUACGGCAAAGUUUCCCAAACCCACUUCACUAAGGGACAUCUUGAAAGAACAGCAGAAGAAAGGAACUCCAACCCAGCAGCAUUCACCGAUAACAACUCCUCAAAAAUCUCAUUCAGCUCAAACACGGACAGGUUCGUGGUCAGUUUCAGCAUCGUCCUCAUCUAAAGCUGCAUCUCCUGUUCAGAUCCAUUCCCAUCUAUCAUCACAAUCAAAGCACAAAGGAGAAGAUGACUUGUUCUGGGGUCCACCAGAUCAAUCAAAGCAAGAAACCAAACAGGCAAGUAUUGCUCAGCUUGGUAACCAAGGGAGCUGGGCAACCAAAAGCACUCCUGUAAAAGGAAGCCCUGGUGCUUCUAUCAGCAGACAGAAAUCUGCCGGUGGCAGGGCUGUGGAUCCUUAUAUUUCAUCUUCACCUGCCUCUGCACAGGUUUCUGCAAAAGGGAAACGAGAUGGCAGUACAAAGCACUUGGAGGCGAUGGACUUCAGAGAUUGGUGUGAGAAUGAAUCAGUUCGGCUUACCGGAAGCAAGGACACAAGUUUCCUGGAAUUUUGCUCGAAGCAAUCCAGAGCUGAGGCUGAGACACUUCUUAUUGAAAAUCUUGGAUCUUUUGAUCCAAAUCAUGAGUUCAUUGAGAAAUUUUUGAAUUACAUGGAAUUGCUGUCAGCAGACGUGCUCGAGCUUGCCUUUCAAAGUCGGAAUGAUCUGAAGGUCUAUAAAAAUGGAGCCAGAGACAUGAAUUCCGACAAUGCAGGUUUUGGAGACAUGGACAGAGAUGGUGUAGCGAGUGCUGACGGGUCAUCAAAAGGAGGGAAAAAGAAGGGGAAGAAAGGAAAGAAGGUUAGCUCUGCGGUCUUGGGGUUCAAUGUUGUUAGUAACCGCAUUAUGAUGGGUGAGAUUCAAACCGUGGAAGAUUAGGAGAGGUGCUAGGCCUGUAAAUACAAUUGUCUGGAUUGUUUGUAAAUGAUUUUCCUUUUAGGCCUUCCGUUUCCUCCAUUAUAGAGUAACAUAAGCAGUGACCAGUUUGUCCGCUUAAGCAAUUUUGUGUACUAGUAUUUUGUAAGGGCCCUUUAUUUUGUGGCUUCACAGGAAACUAACAAGGUUUUGUUCUAAUUCAGGUAAGCGUUCUUGAUUCUGA